UGGAGUAACUUGAUUUUGAUGGGAAUGGCAAUUACGAUAAUCCGUUUACAUACGAUAGCCGGUCAGGCGAGGGAAGUAUUAGCCGGAGCAAGACGGAGAAGAGGCGGAGGGGAAGUUCGGAAGGGUCACGUGGCGGUUUACGUCGUCGGAGAACGGCCGGAGGAGAAGAAGCAACGGUUCGUUGUUCCGAUAUGGUACUUGAAGCACCCGCUGUUUCAACGGCUGUUGAGGCUGGCCGAGGAAGAGUAUGAGUUUCAUCAUCCCAUGGGCGGUCUUACCCUCCCAUGCACUCCCUCCGCCUUCUUGGCGGUCACCUCCGCCAUCCAUUGUCAAUAACCAUCCAUUUUCUUGGUUUGCCACCGCCGGGCCUCGGCCCCCUAGGAAGUUUUGUUUUUUAUGUACAUAUGCAUAAAUUAAAUAUUUAUAGACAAUAAAAAGAUACUACCUCCGUCCCAUAUUAAACUUCCAAUUGCGGGUUACGAAGUUUGACCAGCGAUAAAGUUAAAUGAUCCCUGUGAAAACUCAGAUUGUUUUUAGAAAAUAAAAUUUACAUUUUCAUAACAUAAAUUCUUUAAGCUCCCAUUCUCCUAAUCUACCAUUUCUGGCUCCAUCACUAAUAAGGUCAAUAAUCU